CUUAUGGUGAUAGUGGGACUACAUCAACUUUAAAAAGGCACUUGCUUAUAUGCAAGCCACAUAAAGAUUAUGAAGAAAAAUAGAAUUUAUUGAAUUUUCCACAUAUUAAGUCUGAUGGAGAUGCAGGAUAUGAGAAGCUUCCUUCCUUAAUGAUUUAUUCGUGAAUAUGAUGAAGACAGUUACUCCAUUAUAUGAGAAAAAAAGCAAGACUUCAACUAAAGCAGAUUGUUUUAAGAUAUAUGAGCAUGAGAAAAAAACACUAAAAGCUCUUACGAAAGUAUCCUAAAAAAUCAGUUUGACCACUAAUUGUUGGAAGUCAUCUCAUUAGAAGAUUGGGUACAUGGUUAUCACAGGACACUUUAUUGAUCAUUAUUGGAGACUUGAUAUUGCUGAUGGUAUUUAUAAAUGUUUGAAGCAUUGGGAAAUUGAGGACAAGAUAUUCACGAUAUAUGUAGACAAUGUUGCAUACAAUGAUAGGGCGUUGAGAAGACUGAAACAUAUUUUUUCUAUGGUGAGAAAACUCACGUGUGGUGGGAGGUUGUUUCAUGUUAGAUGUUGUGCACACAUUUUGAAUCUUCUUGUGAAAGAUGGUCAUGCUAUGAUUGAUUCUGUUAUCGGGGAAGUUCGUGAGGGUAUCAAAUAUAUUAACAAUUCUGAGGCGAGACUUCAAACAUUUUCAAAUAUUUCACAUCAACUGCAAAUACAAGAUAGAAAGUUAUUGCUUGAUGUUCUAACACGAUGGAAUUCAACCUAUGAUAUGUUGUCGGUUGCAUUAAAAUUUAAAAAUGUUUUCCCAAGAUUUGCAAAGUACGAGCCGCACUUCCAUCACUUGCCUAAUGUUGAGGAGUGGGCACAUGUGGAGAGUGUAUGUGAAAUCUUGAAGGUUUCCAAGAUGGCUAUGGAUGUGCUUGCGAUCCUGAUUUCUACCGUUGCAUCUAAGGCAACAUUUAGUGCUAGGGGUAGAGUAAUUGAUCCAUAUCGAUCUUCAUUGGAACCAAACAUUAUUCAAAAGUUUCUUUGUGGAGGAGAUUGGAUUAAACAUUGUUAUGGAAUCAAGAAAAAAUUGAAGGUGCAUUUGAUAAACUGA